UUAUUAUUCAUUAAUUCAUUUUUUUUCCUUUUUUGUUAGGGCUUGACAAGUGACUCCAUUUUGAUUGCUACAAGCAUCACCGUUUUGCAAAUCAAAGACUCUCCAGUCACCAGAAAAGUACCGAUGCACGUGCCCCUGUGUUCAGAAUUCCCACGGAGGUCCGCCAUAGGAAUCAAGGCAAAGAGCGACAGAAAGCAGCUACGCUUGCGCUUGCGCAAUCCCCCACAGUCCUUGGGACUCAGCUGCUAAAAAUGAGAACUGGUGCUGGUCUGGGCUCCACCAACCACUGGAGAGCUACCGUCUCUGGUACAUCCCCACUACGGGAGGAUGUCCGCCCUAACCACUUGAGAGAGGAAGCAGAAGAGGGACAAAUUGCAACAGUUUACCACACUUCCUUCAGGCCUCACUCUUGGGACUGGCGACCAGCAGAGAGCAGCUUGAUGGCGGAGGAGUGCCUUGGCGGAGGGACACCUGCCACAGACCAGGCUCACCACAGAGGGUCUGACAGCAGCUUCCUCUCGCCUCUGCUCUAACUACCUAGGAAGGACACCUGAGUUCUGUAUCUUCCGACAGUCCUUCAGCGGCGCCAGAGAUCAGAGACUCACACUUCCUCACUUCCUGGACCUUUCAAAGGCCCGGCCUGGGUCUGAACGCCUUCCCUGAAACGACUUCUUUCGUUCUAGGGUAGAUGCUCAGCGUGUCGUCUGCAUGGGUUCGCCUUUCUUCAGGAAGAAAGAAUAGCAGAUGCGCGCCCCCAGGCUCUCUGCAGUUGGAUGUAUUAGAGGCCACCAUGGGCUCUGUGAAUUCCAGAGGUCACAAGGCAGAAGCCCAGGUGAUAAUGAUGGGUCUCGACUCUGCUGGCAAGACCAUGAUCCUGUACAAACUAAAAGGCAAUCCUCUGGUGGAGACCUCACCCACUGUGGGCUUCAAUGUGGAGCCCCUUGAAUCUCCUGGACGUGUGUCACUGAUUCUCUGGGACAUCGGGGGACAGCCGCAGCUCAGGGCUACCUGGAAGGACUACCUGGAAGGCAUUGACAUCCUUGUGUAUGUGCUAGACAGCACCGAUGAAGCCCGCUUGCCUGAGGCAGUGGCUGAGCUCCAGGAAGUCCUGGAAGACCCCAACAUGGCCGGCGUCCCUUUCUUGGUACUGGCCAACAAGCAGGAGGCGCCUGAUGCUCUUCCAUUGCUUGAAAUCAGAAACAGGCUGGGCCUGGAAAGGUACCAAGACCGUUGCUGGGAGCUCCGGGCCUGCAGUGCUCUCACGGGCCAGGGGCUACAGGAAGCCCUGCAGAGCCUGCGGCACUUGCUGAGAUCCUGCUGAAAUGCCUUAGCCUGGGACUCCAGGCUGGAGCAGGACAGGGGUCAGGGCCAGCCAGACCCCCUGAGCAGGGGGAACAGUUUAUCCUUGCUUCUAUGAGCAGGAAAGGCCAAGUGAUCCUUGAGAAACUACAGCUCAGUUUACCACACGCGAAAUCCUUCUACUCCUGGGCGGGAUGUUUUCUUCUCAGGACUUACUCCUGUCGGCACCACACUGAAAACAAACCAGUGCUUGUUUUCGAAUAAUCAUAGCCAGCGGGAACAUAAAAAGCCUCAGAAUGCUUCAUGUAACAGCUCAGUACCAAGUGCGAAGGUGACAGUUGAUGACAAUACCUGAGAACCAAGCUCACAAAUGAAAAGAGGUUUCAAAAGUGCAUCUGAGUGUCACCUGGACCUAGGUGUCACUGUCACCAGGAGGGGCUUCAGCUCCCACAGUGCUGCAGGCGUCCCCAGGGCCCUGGAGCCUUCCAGAAUUCUCCCUGCUCUCCAACUCUGAUGAGCCCUUCUCUGCCCUACAUCCUAUGUUGUGAAAAAAUAAAAUGACCCCACUUGUACUCCCUUUUUCUUCUCUGUAGCAUGUCUUUCCUUAAAGCUGAGACGAUGGGGCCUGGAAGAUGGCUUAGCAGGUAAUGGCACCUGCUGCUGACCCUGAUGGCCUGGGCUUGGUCCCCAGAAUCU